AGCAGUCUCCAAUUUUUCUUAUCUUUAAUCAAAAAUAGAUUAGCUUAAAAUUGAUAACGAAUAUUUUAUUAAUUUAUUUAUUAAUUUAGAGUGUUUAUAAAUUACUUUUCUUUUUUAGUAAAGACGGAGUACCUAAAAAAGAAAUAGUAAUACUCUGCCUAACUCAAACCGACGCCGUACGAUAUUCUAUCUCUCUCUCUCUCUAUAUUAACCAAAAUAUUCUUUCUACCGAUGUCCGAUCUACCUCAAUAAUGGAAAUGGACACAGUUCCCAACGGCAAUUCGCCGUCAUCGACCACCACCAGCCCCGCCGUCGCUCCAACCUCCGCCGCCGCCGCCGCCGCCGCCGCCGCUGCUAUCUCACCAAAUACUCCGUCAUCAAAACUGAAUCAACUAUCGGAGUCUAUGAAAUUAGAACACCAGUUCCUUCGUGUUCCGUUCGAGCAUUAUAAGAAGACGAUCCGUGCUAAUCAUCGCGUUGUUGAGAAGGAAGUGAAUGCUGUUAUUAACGGUGUUGUUGUGGAUGCGGAUGAUUCUGAUGUGAUUAUGUCGAGUGAUGAUGCUGUACAUCAGCUCAAUUCACUUGUUUCGCGAUUGCAAGGACUCAAACGGAAGUUGGAAGAGGGGAGUCGAACGGAGAACCUGCAAGCACAAAGAUGCAGAGCACGAUUAGAUCAUCUAGAAUCUGCUGAUCCAGAAAAUUUAUCAGACUGGAAUAACACCCGUUUAAAGCGGAUACUAGUGGAUUACAUGCUGCGGAUGUCAUAUUAUGAUACUGCUGUGAAGCUUGCUGAAAGCAGCAACAUCCAGGAUCUUGUUGACAUUGACGUCUUUCAUGAAGCAAAAAAGGUCAUUGAUGCUCUCCAGAACAAGGAGGUAACUCCUGCAUUAGCCUGGUGUGCUGAUAAUAAAUCCAGGCUAAAGAAAUCAAAGAGCAAAUUUGAGUUCCAGUUGAGAAUGCAAGAGUUCAUAGAGUUGGUAAGAGCUGAAAACAUGAUGCGGGCCAUUACAUAUGCUCGGAAAUAUCUUGCGCCUUGGGGUUCCACCCAUAUGAAAGAGUUGCAGCGGGUCUUGGCUACACUUGCUUUCAAGAGUAAUACUGAAUGUACAACUUACAAGGUUUUAUUUGAACCAAAGCAAUGGGAUUACCUGAUUGAUCAAUUCAAACAAGAGUUCUGCAAGUUAUAUGGCAUGACUCUUGAGCCUUUACUGAAUAUAUAUCUGCAAGCAGGGCUGUCUGCAUUGAAAACUCCAUUCUGUUAUGAAGAUGAUUGCACAAAGGAGGAUCCUUUGUCACAGGAGAGCUUCCGCAAAUUAGCAUCGCCACUACCAUAUUCAAAGCAGCAUCACUCGAAGCUUGUUUGCUACAUCACCAAAGAAUUGAUGGAUACUGAAAAUCCACCCCUUGUGUUGCCUAAUGGCUAUGUCUAUAGCACCAAGGCGCUCGAAGAAAUGGCGAAGAGGAAUGAUGGCAGAAUCACAUGUCCUAGGACAGGCUAUACCUGCAACUACACCGAGCUGAUUAAGGCUUACAUUUCAUGAGUCUCUGUUUUAAUUGCACUGUUCAUCAGCGUAGAUCGUGGGCCGUGAUCAGCUACCAAACAAGAAACUUGCUCUGGGAACUUCUCAGUGUCCAUGACUUCAUGUUUAGGGGACAAUUGUAUAUAUGGAAAACACCAAGUCUGUAAUCCUUGCAUGCAAGCAGAAAGUAAGGAUGUUUACUUUAAAUGGAGUUUGAAUUGUACAGCA